AUGCAGAAGGGACGUACUAUUCAAAGAGGUUGUGACGUGGCUUUGGGUUCGGAAGUAACAAAGGCUUGUUUUAAUCCGCGUGUGGAAACAAUCUGUUUGUUCUCUGCUGAUAGUGACUUCCGUGGUUUGAUGGAAGAGAACAUGCGUGCUGAGAAUGUGGGUGGUGUCUACAAAUUCGCCAAGCAUUCUUGGGUAGUCGGAUUUACUCGUGCCUUUGGACCCAUUCCCGGAAUGCGCAGAAGUCCCCUUGCUAAACAUGAACCGCCAUUAGCAGCAGUUCUUGAUGCCGCCAAAUUAAAGUAUGUACCUAUCGAUGUCGCCUUCCCUCAACUCGCCUCUCAAGCUGUCAAGCAACCAGAACGUGCUGUCACUCGAACAGGACGAACCAAAGACGGUAAUGGUAAUAUCACCACUGGUAAUAUCGCCGCCACUGGUAAUAUCGCCGCCACUGGUAAUAUCGCCGCCACUGGUAAUAUCACCACUGGUAAUAUCACCACUGGUAAUAUCACCACCGGUAAUAUCACUGGUAAUGCCACUAACAAUGCCGUCGGACACGGGCUUGGACUCGGGCCAGGGGGACACGGGUUGGGAGGACUCGCUCUACCCGGUUCCAAUACCGACGCCACAGGAACGCGCCGUAGAAGGCACUCUUUCAAUGGCCCCCGCGGCCGCAAGCAGUCGCUCUCUGCACCACCCGCUGCUCUUAGUCAACCCUCCCACGCAGCACAGGCACUACCCGGAUUCAUUAGAGGCCCUGGUCAGGCAGCCGGUCAUUUCGCCUCGACGGUGCCGCAGACCGGUCCUCCACAGGCGACCGGAACAACGUACGAGGACCCUGCUUACACCGGAUCUGCCCUUGCAGGGCAGGGGUACCCGGGCUCGGACUACCCGGGCUCGGACUACCCUGGCCCUGGCUCGUACAUUAAGCCACAGUACGCGGAGCCAGGAUACUUGGGACUAGGGCAUAUAAAACCGGAGUAUAAUGAGCCGGAGUAUCCCACGGCAGAAGCAUAUGGCCCUGUAAAGCCAAACCGGGGGACUCGGGACCAACGAUUGCCGUAUUCGCGUAAGCUCCCAGCCACCGCCGAUUUGGAUCUCGAAUUGGUGAACCUUCUCAACGAGUCUGUGGGAGCGGGCAGCAGCGAACCGGAUCUUUCGCACCAUCAAGGAUACCCGAAUCAAUCGUCUUCCGGUGCCGGCCUACAGGACCGGGGAGGCCUACAGGACCGGGGAGGCCUACAAGACCGGGGAGGCCUACAAGGCCGGGGAGGCCUACAAGGCCGGGGAGGCCUACAAGGCCGGGGAGGCCAACAAAGCCGGGGCGGCCAACAAAGCCGGGGCGGCCAACAAAGCCGGGGAGGCGCCGAUGCUCCUUUCCCCUGGGCGGAGAAGACGACGUGGAGUCCGAACUCAAACUGCCACUGGCUGACUGACGCUCAAAAACAAGCCGGUACCCACAGUCACUGGACCGGCUAUAAUGACAGCGAUCAAUGGAAUGCCCAAAAUGAGUCCAUGAGUCAGAAGCAGCCUGAACGAGUUCGGGGCAUCCCCAAUUUACGGAAUAAUAUCUUCCUCUCAUUCUCUCCUCAGUAG